AUGUCGCCGCUGUUGUUCGCUCAUCGGCCUCGCACGUCGGCGGCUCAUGUAAUCCGGGACAUUACUUCGACUCCUAGCAACAGUGUCUCAUCGUGCGUGUCGACGUUGGUGAACAAAAUGCCGCCGAAGAAAAAGAAAAACAAGAUGGACAACAUGACCGAGGAAGAGAAAAGGGUCUUCCUUGAACAGAAACUACUUGCAGAAGAAGAAGAACGAAAGAAGAAAGAGGAAAUGUUAAGUCAAUUUCUGAGAGACAAGUUGGCUAAAGAGGAGAAGGCAUCUAAAUUCAAUCUGAUCAAGAUACAGAAUCAAUGGCGAACAAUUAUGAGAAAAGCUAAGGCACAAGAGCUGCGCCGUGAAAUUGAUAUUCUAAGUCAAACAUUUGAGAGAAUUGUUGAUCGCAAAGAUGCUGUUAUCAAGAGUUUGAAAACAGAUCUGGAUGAAGCCGAUGAACAAUACCAGAGGGCACUGUGCAGUCACUUGGAACAACUCGACAAUCUGACAGAAUUACAAAAGUCUCACAUCUCGUCAUUGGAAAAGGAAUUUCAAUCAAGCUUACAGUCUUUGAGAGAAGAAUUUGAUAGUGAACGUCAUUCAUUGGUUGAAAAACACAAGGUUGGGACUGGAGACAUUAUGGAUAUUAUGUUUGCAAUGGAGCAAGAGUUCAAGAAACAUGAGGAAGAUGCACUGCAAGACUUUCAGAGCAUUAGAGAUGAGAUCAAGAAUAAAAAUAUAGAGGAAAAGCAUGCCCUGAGAGUGCAGCUGGAGACUCAGAUGGAAGAGUUAUGGAAGCAAAUAAACGAUUCUCUCAAACAAUACAGAGAGACAACAGAAGAAAGGAAACAGACAUUUGAGCGACUGAAACAGCAGGAUGAACUUGGAGCAAGAGAAAUAGCACAGCAGAUGAGGAAAUUACAAAGAAUACAAGAUCAGAUUGCUCAGGUAAGGGCUCGACUGUCAAGUAAUGCACGCGAUAGCGAUGAAAGAAACAAAGCACUGAGAUCAGAAAAGGAAGAGAUACUUGGUCAUUUCCAGCAGCUGAAGGGUCAGAUGAAUAGAUUCAGAGAAGCAGAGAGGUCUCGUCUAACUCAACUAACGAUAUACAGCAAUGAGGCAAUAAAAGAAUUAAGAAGGAAAGUGGCAAAGGCAGAACGAAUUCUGAAACUUUCCGAGAUGUGCCGUAAACUGGAGACUGAAGAAGAAAAAGUUAUGCCCUUCUACCCCUCAUCAUUGUCACAAGAAGAAGAGGAAGAAGUUGCAGCAGCCAUUGCUGAACCAGCAUCCCAAUCAUUGGCACAGGCGGCCAGUGAAUACACUUCACUUGAAAACUUUUGGAAGAGAUACAACAAGGUUUUGUUGGAUAAGUUGGCUUUGGCGAAAGAGAAGAAAACACUAUUAGAAGAAAACCAGAAGUUGCGACUUGUCUUGAAGCAAUAUCUGGAUGGUAUUUCUGUCAACGACGAGGUUCUGCAGCAGGCAAACCCUCUAUUUGUUGUCAAUCAAAGAACGAAUGCUUUGCUUCGUGUUCCCGUCUCUGAUCCACGUGUACACAUGAAGAGACCAGCACAAUGCAUUGUUGAAGCUGCUCACGUAGUCAAAAACACUCUGUAUUAGUAGUAUAAUAUAUACAAAGCAGGCAGAAUAUUGCCAUUUGUGGACAGAAAAGAAUACAAUGUUGGUUGCUGAAUGCAGCUGCAUGAAACCUUUUUUGAACUAAAACUGUUACUGUUACGUAGUGUGUAUAGGAAGUAAACAUGUUUGAUAUUUCUAUCAAUGGA